GAGCAUAAAAGCACAAUAAUCAACAAUCGUUUUGUGUUUGACUAACCGCAUAAUAUUGAUUGUUGUUUUUCGCUUUUCCUGUUUAUCGUACAGGAAGACUUAACAACAAUCUAAAUCAUGGCUUUGCAAUCAGCUCGACAACUCCUAGACGAGCUUAUGGGUCGUGAAAGAAAUUUAAGGCCAACUGAAAAGACAAGUGAUGCCAAAGAAGAUUGGACUCAUCCAAGGAUCUGUAAAUUUUUCCUUGUCUACUUUUGUCCGAAUCAAUUAUUCACUAAUACUAAAGCUGAUAUGGGUCCCUGCCAUAAAAUUCACGAUGAUUAUAUUAAACAAUGUUACGAGGAACAUGCCACUAGGAAGCAAAAAGCAGUCUACGAAGAUGAAUUUAUUAGAUUUUGCCAACAAACCUUAGGCGAUGUUGAAAGACGAAUCAAAAGAGCUCGACAGCGUUUAGCGGCCAGUCAAACAGAAAAGGCCGAAAAUUUGACGAUAGGAGGAAAUUCAACUUGUCUUAGUGAUGAAAUUCAAGAAAAAAUGCAAGCAAUUAGUGAUAAAAUAGAGAAAUUGCUUACAGAGAUCGAAGAAUUAGGGUGUGAGGGUAAAGUUGAGGAGGCCCAAACACUAAUGACUCAAGUUGAACUUUUAAAAGAAGAAAGGACGGCAUUGAAAAGAGGUAACUUGUCGAUGCAUUGGAUUCAAGCAAGAGCAGAAAUGGGCGCCGCACAGGAAAAGCAAAUGGAAGUAUGUGAUGUUUGUGGUGCUUUUCUAAUUGUUAAUGAUGUUCAACAGCGGGUAGAGGACCAUUUAAUGGGAAAACAGCAUGUCGGUUAUGGUAAACUUAAGGCUGCCUUAGACGAUCUACUCCAAAGGCGUAGAGCAGAUAGAGAUGUUGACCGUAAAGAUUCAAGAAAAAAUGAUUUAAAAGAGGAAAGCUCUAAUGUCGAGACUGAUUCACCAAUUGACUCUCGAUCUCCAUCUAGAUCUCGGCCUUCUGACUCUUCUACUCGUAAUGGUUCUCGCGAUAGAGUUAAAUCUCGUGAAAGAUCUCGAUCAAGAGACAGAGGAGAUCGUAAUGGGUAUCAUCGAGGUAAAGAUCAUGAUUCAAGACACCGAGAUGAUCGACAUGACAGAGGACACUCAAAAGAUAGUCACAGACGACACCAUGAUAGACAUUCAAAUAGAGACGACAGAAGAUCAACUUCUUCUAGACACAAUGAAAGGCGAAGAAGUCGAAGUCCCAAUCAUGUUAAAAGAAGUGAUUCUGCCAAAGAUCAAUGACUUUUGAUAAAUUUGAGAGAUAACUCGUUAACACACUGGGAGACGAAACAUUGUUAUCAAGCUAAAAUAAAAAAAAAGACAAACUCAUUACCUUAUUAUGAGAAAUCACUUUCAUAAUUUACAGACAUAUUCAGUUAGAAAAGUACAUUGUUUCAUAACUUUAAAUCAUCUUCAUUUUCCAUUGUUUAUUUCGUCUCUAAAACCUUUCUCUUCUCUGUCUCUCUUAUUUGUCUUUAUUUUGUAAAAUAUGUAUUUUCAAUUGUCUGCGAAAGGGUUAUCCUUUCAUAUUAUCAGUCUGUAACUUACUCUGUUAAUUAUGUUUACAAGAAAAGCCUGAUGGUCUUUCUCGUUCAAUUAAAAAGCUUCCUUUUUAAAUA